AUGGCGGACGUGGUGACGCAGGCGCAGCGGGAGCUGCUGGAGGGGGAAUACAGCGCGGGCACGCCAUGGCUUGAUGAUGAUGACGUGUCGCUGCUCCAUUCGCAGAUCACCCCGUACAACUUCAUCAAGGUGGUGGAGGUAUCACGCAGGGCUGACAACAGCCUGGCGGGCUCGCGAGUGCUGCUGCUGGACCAGCCAGGGAACAUUCACUCCAUGCACUUCAAAUACAAGCCCUGGACGGGGUCCUACUACGAUCUCUUCACGCUGCUGCCCCCUCUGCUGCCCUCCCCCUCGGGUCCCAUUGCCAUUCUCGGCCUUGCUGCUGGCACUGGCGCUCGGCUGCUACUGCGCCACUACCCGCACCUGGAGCUGCAUGGCUGGGAGAUAGACGAGCACGUCAUUCAGGUCGCCCGUGAUUACUUUGAUCUGGAGGAGUUGGAAGAUGGUUCCUUUGCUGCCCAGCAGCUCAGACCUUACGUGCCUUUCAGCGAUAGCGACACUGACAGCCGUCUCGUAGUGCACUGCGGCGAUGCGCUCUCCUCGUCAGCAACUGUGCCGGGCGGCUUCGCAGGCAUCAUUGUUGAUCUCUACAGCCGAGGCGCUGUUGUGGCGCCACUUCAGCGCGAGGACACGUGGCGCGAUCUCAGCGGUCGGUUGCGCGAAGGGGGGAAAAUCAUGGUGAACUGCGGAGGGGGGUGUGUGGAGGGGGAUGAGUCGGUGCAGAGGGAUGGAGAGGCAAUCAUGCUUGCGACUUUAGAGGCCAUGGCUGCAGUGUUUCCUCCUGAGUCUAUCCUGUGUCAUAGAGUGGGGGAUGAGGACGGGGAGGAUGAUGGCAGUGAUGACAUGGAUUGGGACGGUAAUGUGAUGGUGAUUGCGGGGCAUGAUAUGAUGCCUUGGCCGCUGCUGCCUGCUGUGCCAGCACCAGCAGCGUCGUCACCAUCACUGCCCUUCUUAAUGCCAUCAUCAUCGUCAGCAUCAUCACCCACAUCCUCACCAUCAUCAUCACCAUCACCAUCGUUACAUCCAGGAGGAGUAGGUGGGGAAGAGAGCGAGCAAGCAGAGGGAGGGGGCGCUGUGAGGGAGUGGGAGGAGGAGUGGCGGGCACGGGUUCCUGCAGAGUUGGAAGGGAAGGUGGGGCAGUGGAUGCCGCUGGGGAGAUUCAUGGAGGCUCAACGGCGACGCAUGCGGGUGAAAGCAACUGCCCGCCUGCGGUGA